UCUUUAUGAUAAGCAUUGUCAUAAAAAAUAAAAGUCUAACAUUGGCACUUGUUAACGUUAGUCUUUCGUAAAUCUCAAAGUGUUUGUGUCACGAUGAACAUACAAAAAAUCGAGGAAAUCGUUCCAUUGGGUCCUUCCGAAUCCAUGGUUGACUACAAGGUACAGCGUUUGACAGCAGCGGGCGAAAAUUACGGAAGUCUCAUGUUACAAAUCGAUUUUAUCAUCAAAUCACCGAAUGGUACCAAAACCAUUCAUUCCGUAGCCAAAACUGUGCCUCCCAACGAAUUAAUCCAGAAAAUUUUCAAUACGCCAGAGUCAUUUAAGAAUGAAAUAGCCUUUUACAAGAAGGUGGUACCAACUUUGGAAAAAUUUGAACAAGAUCAAGAAAUCUCUACCACUGGUAUUGCAAAUCUUUUUCCGAAAUAUUACACAAGUCGCAUUAAUUUAAACAAUAGUACCGAUAAUAAAGUUGAUUCGGACGCAAUUCUCCUCCUUGAAAAUCUCAAAUUUGAAAAUUUCGCUACAGUUGAACGCACUCAAGGAUUCAAUUUGCAAGUAUCACAAGUGAUUGUGAAACAUUUGGCCUAUUUUCACGCCUUAUCACUAGGCCUCAAGCUAAAGCAACCGCAAAUUUUCCACGAGAAAAUUCAAAAGUAUCUUGCACCGUCCAUCCCAGACAAGGACGUUCGAAUCAUUGAAACGCUCGCAAAAUUGAUAGAAGAAACGCCUGGUUGUAGUCUUUACGUUCAGAAAGCACGUCAAAUCCUUAUGAAGAUGUUAGAACCUGCACCACCUCCUCGUGAACCUUUUGCCACCUUCACCCAUGACGAUUUCUGGGUCAACAACAUUCUUUUCAAACAAUCCACAAAUGAAGUCAAAUUUAUCGAUUUUCAACGACCCAGAUACGCUUCACCGGUCCGCGAUUUGAUUUUUUUUCUUUUUACGAGUGUUGAAAAUCACGUUUUGGAGUCAAGUUGUGACGAUUUGCUUCAACUCUACUACGAAAAUUUUGUUUCGGUACUCCAACGCGAACUAAAAUGCGAUGAUAUUGAGUUUACUAUUGAAACAUUCCAACAAGAGUUAAAAUUGGAGGCUAGGAAUACACAAUUCGGACACAUUGUGUUUAUGUUGAAUCCCAUUUUUGCACCAAAAGGAAGUGUCAAGGAGUUGGAAGAGAUGACAGUGGAGGAUUUCCUCAAGAGUUUGGAGGGGGGCAGUGAUCUGCACAAGGCCAAGCUGGAGCUGGUUGUUGGAGAGUUUGCGAGAAGAGACUGGAUAUAAAUAGUUUAAACAAAAUAGCAGUUGACCAUCAAACCAUUUAUUUGCCAAACUUCGACAUGAAUUAUGGCUAAAUGUAUCUUAAAAAAAUCAUUCAUUACGAAAUGCAGUGUAACACUAUUUGAAGAAAAAUUGCACUUUU